CUGUUUGGUGUGCUGUCAAUUUUUUAUUCAAUAACAGGCUAGUAAACGUUACUGAUAUGUUUAAAAAAAUAUUUUUUAAAUAUAACAUCUUUUUAUGUGUUAUUUUAGAAUUUUAUGAACAUUUUUGUAGUAUAUUUUGUUUAUUUCUUGGGUUUGAGGGCAGACUAUAUACUUUGAAACGAGAAAUAAAACUUAAACAAGUUUGUAUAAAUGUUUGUAUGUUGGUAUGGAAUUUGUGUCAUAUGUUCGUUUCUUAUUCUCAGCUGUUGUGUAGUUAGAAAGCCCGUAUUAGAAAGUGACAGAAGCUCAGAAGUUGAGUUGGGAUAUGUUGUUAUUAGGUUAAGUAAAAGUGGGACGCGUCUUUAUUGAAAUACUGAUUUAUUAUUGUUAGGUGUGAAGAGUUACAGUUUCUGUGUUUUUCAAACCUAUCUGUGCGUAAAUUAUAAUAUGUCCGGGCAAUGGGAAGUUGUGGUUAAAAACAAGCAGAAGCAUGGUGGUAAUCAAGCUGUUAAGAAACUUACGAAAAAUGAACGUAAGAAGUUUGUUGAAAAUGCACCUAAGGUGGAAGACAUAUUGCCUUUAGACCAAGUGAAAUCAUUGUACAACUCUUUAGACAAUAAAGAAAAUCGCAAGCCAGUACAAAAGGACUCGCAAAAAGACAAUGAAGCAAAGAAAACACAAAAGAAACAACAGCCAGAGAAGAAAAAGGAGGUGAAAGAGAAAUCUCCCGUUCCUAAAUCUUUAGAGUCAGCUGCAUCACAGAUAGACGUGAAGGAGCUGAGCUCCGAGCUGGGGAUCGGGCAGGCCAGGUUCCCCGACGCGCCGCUGGCGUGGCUGAAGGGGCUGGCGGAGUACCUGAACGCGAAGCUGGACCACACGUCGCCCGCCACCUCCAGGUCGACCGAGUACCCGCUGUGUGCGUUGCCGCACGAGGUCCGGCAGGUCGCGCUGAAGGCCUUGCAGGCCGCCGGCGAGGCCACCGCACGCCACUUCUACGAGAUGUGCCUCGUGGCCAUGGCCAGCGACAUGAGCAAAGGAAAUAUGCCAAUAUUUGGCUAUAAGGUUUUGCUGCAGCUUCUAGCAUUCCAGAAUCCAGAGAUAACAGUACACAACAUUCCUAAGAUAGCCACUAUAAGAAAUUCUUAUCAGAAUCGUCAGCCAAUAGGAUUGGCCAUCCUUUGGGCAGUGGGGCAAGGUGGAGUUAAAAAUUUGUCAGUGGGGUUGAAAGUGUGGCAGGAGAUCAUGCUGCCUGUGUUGGAGAUGAAGAACUAUUCAAGUGCUGUGGUUGGCUACCUCAGAGACAUUCUCAACAGCAAAUCGAAUACCAAGCCAUUGAGUCCUGACCAGUUCUUCACCGUGUACGACGUCAUUCACUCCCCGAAGCCGGGACUGCCGAACACGCUGCGGCAGGAGCUUCUGGGGGUCUCCGGUCCUCUCAGGGCACAAGCAUUCCAAAAAGACCCAGAAAAGAGACUUCAGAGCUUUUUUCAGCCGUUAUUGGAGAGGUUACGGCCAUCGGCUAGCAAAGAACUGAAAGAAGAGUUACUGAAUAGUUUGGUAUUGUGCCUAACCAAAGAUCAACAAUCCUUCAGCAUUUGGAGACAACUGUACACAAAGAAUUUGGCACAGUCAGCUGUUCUGCUAAAGCAUUUGGAUUCUCGUUGGGAGAGUUUGAAAGCCCAGUUGCCCUUGAAGACACUGUGGGACACCCUGACCACUUUCAAAGUGACCAAUGACGAACUGAGGAAAAUGAAGCACAAGGAAGACCACUUGCAGGAUUGCCAGAAAUACUCUGAGGAACUGUUGAAGAAGAUGACAGUGUCAAGAUCAUUUCCAUGGAAGCUGGGGAGUUUUUUCCUGUUGUUGAUCAUAUCCGCUCUUUUGGCAUAUGAUGUCCAGAAGCAUGGCACUUUCAAGUCUUCAAGCACAGGAAGUUUUCUCAAAGACAUUGGAGCCCUCAAGUACGGUGAACAUGCAUGGGCAAGGACCAAGUACUACUCUCAGAAGUCUUACCAGUGGGCAGAAGUGAAUGUUCCACAUUAUUACAGCAUUGCUGUUGAGCAAGCAAAGCCCUAUCUUCAACAAGCGUGGGACUUCAGCAUUGUGUUGGCAGACCAGUUAUACCUGUUGUAUGGAAACAUUAAAGUUUUUCUAGAAGAAAAGACUCCACUAGUUGUGAAUUGGGUUAAUCAUUUUGCACCUGGGCUGCUUGAAAUCAUCAAAUCACAUUCCGUAACUGCAUGGGAGGCAGCUAAACACUAUGCAUUUGUAUUCUGGCAGUAUGUGUUGGAGUACUCCCAACUAUUCCUCAAAUGGACACAGCAGAAUGUAUUUGUGGGAUCUCUGUCACCAGAGAAUCUUCAGAGGUAUUCUGAAGGAGCCAUAAAUACAACACAAGUCUACGCCACGUGGACGUAUGAUUGGUUGUUGCAAAAAGUUCAGACACUUUCCAAAAUAAAAUCAGUGUAGUUGUGGUGGUGGGCAUCGGAGGUUUUCAAAUUGAUGGCCACUCAAUGAUGAUAAAAAUAUUAAAAUAACUUCUGAGGACCUUAUUUCAAAGGUACACAAUCCCUGCUAAUUAUUGUACACGAGUGUGUUAUUCCAGAUCAGUGUUGUGUGGAUGUUAGCAUUGCACAGUGCAAUCAGUGUUUGCAACAAUUUUAAUAUGGCUGUUGAAAAGAAAAAUAUUAGUUUAAUUUUUUUUUCUCAAGCAAUUGUUUCCCAAAAAUCUUUUAAUGACCAGUGGGUUUUUAAUGCACCUAUGAACAGUGUUGAUUUGGUGGUGUUGCUGUGUUAUCUCAUAAUGGUGCCCUCAAAUUAGGUGUACAUAUUUUAAGUGGGAGUCAUGGACAUGAAUUUGCAAGCAUCACUGAUGUAAAAUAUAAACAUUUUCCUUAAAAACAAAAAAAAAUACUUUUUUUAAAUUUUUUUUAUGUAUGUUACUUCCUGAAAUAAAUUAUUACCUUCCUUA